CGCAGGUCUGACGUACUUUCUACGCGGAGACUAACCUCGGCUUCGGGACGUGGAGACUACGAGACAUGCGACUCGCUCUUAUCGCCUUCCUCCCCCGGACUCCCCCCAAGCACACUAACUCGGCCGGGCAGUAGGUUCUGGAACCACCACUCUUCCUCGGACAUCUCCUCUUCUUCCCUUUUCCUCUCCCAUCCAUUCUUCUUCCCCCCCAGGAUCACUCUUCUGUGAUAGUUCAGCUUGCCUACCUACCACACACUCUCUCACACCCACACACACACACACCGCUCUCCUGUCUUUCUGUCCGCUCGUGAGGCCCUAUCGCUGUAUUUCGCCACCGUUUGAUUCCUGAGGGCUAUUCAAGAUGGGAUCCAACAGUGGUAGAGCCACCAAGCUUCCUCUGGUGCCUCUAGCCAAAGGCUCCGUUUUACUUCCUGGUGUUACUCUACGCAUCCCGGUCUCGAACCGUCCUGAUCUCACCAAUCUGUUGUCUUCUCUGGUGGACCGACCUUCGAAGCGUGACGGCAAUUCGAUCACCUUCGGAUGUAUUCCCUUGGUUUCGCCAUUUCUCAGCCGCGAUGGACAACAACUUCUAGAGGGUGAAGAGUCCGAAGAUGAUCGAAAGGAGGAUUACGAUUCGAUCGACGCCGGCCAGGCACGCAAGGAUGACCUUUUCCGUUACGGUACGGUUGGCAAAGUGAUCGGGGUUCAGCGCCGGGCAUAUGCCGAGCCAUUCCUUCUGGUCCAAGGCUCCCAGCGAUUCACUGUGAAGAAGGUCUUGAAAGAUCGCCCAUUCUUUGAGGCGGAGGUGUAUCUCCAUGAUGAGAGCACCUCAUCCAUUCUCGGCGAUCCUGAAGCCGCUGAAUUAUUCCAACAAUUGCGACAGCUCUCUCGUGAGCUUCUUACCCUGCUGCGUCUAUCCUCACUACUCUCCGCCGCCUCUACUCGCCUAUCGCCACUCGUGGCACGAAAGUUUGAACUUUACAUUUCCAAGUCGGAAUUAGGCCAGGCAGGAAAACUCGCCGACUUUAUGGCCGACGUAUCUGAUGCAAGUUUUGAAGAGAAGUUGCGGAUAUUGGCCUCAUUCGAUGUGAAGGUGCGAUUGGAGCGCGUGGUGGAGAUACUGACUCGCCAAGCUCAGCAUAUUAAGAGUAGCGUGAAGGUGACAUCUAUUACCACAACGUCCUUUCCCCCUAACUCGAAUGUUGAUAUUAGUCAGAUCGAUCCACGGGAGCGCGAGAUUUUGGCAAGACGUGCGAUGCAGGGAUUGUCAGGUCUCACGCCACCUGGACCGACUGGCGGCCGUGGUAAUGACAGUGAAGAGAAAGAACCGAAUGAGAUUGAUGAGUUGGCUCAAAAGCUCAAGGAUGCGCAGCUCAGUCCAGAAGCUCAGAAGGUUGCGGACAAAGAACUUAAGCGCCUGCGCAAGAUGAACCCGGCCAACGCCGAAUUCGGGGUCUGCCGUACAUACUUGGAGAACCUGGCUGAGAUCCCAUGGACCAAAGUCACCGAAGACCAGCUUGGCCCCGAGACACUUCAAAGGGCUCGCAAGCAGCUCGAUGAAGAUCACUACGGCCUGGAGCGGAUCAAGAAGAGACUGUUGGAGUACCUCGCUGUGCUUCGAUUGAAGCAGAACACCAACGUGGACGUGGAGCGACAAAUCACUGGGCUCACCAAGGACCUGGAUGCGGCAUCCCACGGAGACCUAGAGAACGAGGUUCCUUUGAUCUCGGAGGCUGAUCGGGUCGCGCUUGAAGCUCGCCUGGAGAUCUUGAAGUCUAAGCGCACGACCGACAAGUCUCCCAUCCUGCUCCUCGUCGGUCCCCCGGGGACUGGCAAGACCAGCUUGGCAAGGUCUGUCGCUGCGUCGCUUGGCCGCAAGUUCCACCGGAUCUCUCUUGGUGGUGUUCGUGACGAAGCCGAGAUUCGCGGUCACCGGAGGACUUAUGUUGCUGCUAUGCCCGGUCUCAUUGUCAAUGGCUUGAAGAAGGUUGGUGUCGCCAAUCCGGUGUUCUUGCUCGACGAGAUCGACAAGAUUGGUGGCGCCAACUUCCAGGGCGAUCCUUCUGCAGCCAUGCUUGAGGUCUUGGACCCCGAACAGAACCACACCUUUACUGAUCACUACAUCAAUAUCCCCAUCGAUCUGAGCAAGGUUCUCUUCCUCGCCACUGCCAAUUCGUUGGAUACUAUUCCGGCGCCUCUGCUCGACCGUAUGGAGACCAUCUCGCUCUCAGGGUACACUACUGUCGAGAAGCGGCACAUCGCUAAGCGCCACCUGAUUCCCAAGCAGGUCCGUGCCAAUGGCUUGUCCGAUGAUCAGAUCAAUUUGUCCGACGAGGUCAUUGACAAGACCAUCACGUCGUACACUCGUGAGUCGGGUGUGCGUAACCUGGAGCGUGAGCUUGGCUCGAUCUGCCGCCACAAGGCUGUUCAGUUUGCUGAUGCCGGUGACACUGAUCGUCUGGGAGAGUAUAAUCCGACCGUAACCCUGGAAGAUUUGGAGGAAAUUCUAGGCAUCGAGCGUUUCGAGGAGGAGAUUGCUGAGAAGCACGGCCGUCCUGGUGUGGUCACCGGCCUGGUUGCCUACUCCAGCGGUGGCCAGGGCAGCAUCCUUUUCAUCGAGGUGGCUGAUAUGCCUGGUAACGGGCGCGUCCAGCUCACCGGUAAGCUCGGCGAUGUCCUUAAGGAAUCCGUGGAGGUGGCUCUCACCUGGGUGAAGGCCCACUCGUUCGAAUUGGGUCUCACUCACGAUCCCAACGAGGAUAUCAUGAAGAGCCGUAGCCUGCACGUCCACUGCCCGUCUGGUGCCAUCCCCAAGGAUGGUCCUUCGGCCGGUCUAGCUCACACCGUUGCGCUCAUCUCGUUGUUCACCAACAAGGCUGUGCCACCGCAGAUUGCCAUGACUGGCGAGAUCUCGCUGCGGGGUCGCGUGAUGCCCGUUGGUGGUAUCAAGGAGAAGCUCAUCGGUGCUCUGCGUGCAGGCGUGAAGACUGUGCUGCUACCCUACCCCAACCGAAAGGAUGUCAAGGAUGUCCCUCGGGAGGUGAGCGAGGGCCUGGAGAUCAUCUAUGUCCAACACAUUUGGGAAGCUCUUCGCCACAUCUGGCCAGAUGCGCAUUGGCCUGGCCAGCACCAGAUGAAUUUUGUCGAAAGUCGCCUGUAGACCCCUUGGCCUUGAGACAAAGUUCACCAUGCCGGGCCUCCCAGAUCUCUUGUUGUUUCCGUCACCGUUCUUCCAGCCCCUCUCACUUCCGGUCGUUUUUGCAUAGCGUGGUUGACCUUUGUAGCCACCGUUGACUGUAAUUAAUUUUUGUGGCUUUGCGAUGCUACUAUGUUGUCAGGUUUUCUCAUGUCUAUAUCUAUCCAUUCAAUUAUCUGUUCAGAUACGCAAAAAUACGACAACGUAACUAUUGUUUGCAUAAUCUGAAAUACGAUCGAAAUUGCCUGGUAGAAAACAAAAUAACGGGCUCAAAUAUUGAGACCAAUAGAAUGCGACCUCAAGAUGAUAUAAUACAAGAUGUGCCCCAUGAAAGCGUAUGGAAAAAAUACAGAAACACCCAUUUUCAAAUGGAACAGAGCCAAACCCCCAAUCUCCAAGGCCCCAAUGACUACUUUGCCAUCCACUUCGGCGCAGCGGAACUCUUCCCUGUCCUGGCGAACUCCUUGUGCGCAAAGUCCCAGCCCAACACCUUUGAAGAUGGCCGCCACUCCGCGGGAUUCUUCUUAAUAUCCUUAGCCUGCUCCUCGAAGGCCUUCCGCAGAUCGCUAUCAGGCUCCUCGGCCUUGUGAGGUCGAUCCUGCAUCUGCUUUUGCAUCUUCUUCUGCCAUUUUUCGCUGGCGUCCCAGGAGCUCUUCUCCCAUCUAUUUGAGAUAAAGAAAGCAGGUUAGCAAUUGAGCUCGAUACCCAUGACCGCGUGUGCAAGUUGACACCAUGCCGAUCAUGCACACAGCAAAAAAAGAGAUACAAGAAUGAAACACGUACGGGCUGAGAUCCUUGGGCUCCUCCGGGUAGACGAAUGGCUCGCGCAGUUCCACGGUCAUCCGCUUCUGCGCCUGCGGUCGCCGCCAUGCACCAACGUUACGUCCAUCCCGCGUCAUCCGGGUGAUGGGCUGUUGCUCAAUGUAGCUGCGGACGCUGACUACGCCAACGCCAUACAGGUUCUGGAGAUAGUCGCGCAGAUCGAGCUUGUUGAAGUUGAGGGGGACGCGGAAUUGGGCAUAGCGGGGAGAGAGGAAGGGUGUUCGGACGAGGGCGAUGACGAACUCAGGUCUGUAGAUUAUAGGUGUUAGCAUUGGGGGGAUUUGGGGCUAAGAGACGAAUGGCGGAGUCGCAAAUUUGACAAUGCUGGCAUGAGGCCCUCGGAGAUCUGAAAUUUGAUGCGCGGCUUUGGGGGGGGCAGGUCGGGAUGGGAAUGAACGUACAGGAAGACCUGUUUCCGUUGCGAAGACGGCACGAAGGCGUUCUUCGCCGCCUUGGGGAUUGCGACUGCUCUGCGCACCAUUGUGUGGAUGUGAGGAUGUGGAUGUGGAUGUGGACGGUGUCGGAGCACUGGAGGAGUAUCUUUUGCGGAUGUCCAAACUGCGCGAAUGGCCGCCCC